UACACACUCACUCGCUCAGUCAGUGUUAUGUUAGUGAGAGGAUGAAUAAUCAGGAGGACAUGGGUUCGGAGCAGUUGGAGAGAGAGAUGAGUGCCUGUUCUGUCUUCAGUGAACUUCAGCUGGAGGGAAAACUGUGUGACGUUAUUAUUCAAGUAAAAAACGUCACAUUCAGCGCUCACAAGAUCAUCCUGUGUGGAUGCAGCUCAUAUUUCAGGACUCUGUUCACCAGCGGGUGGAGUGAGUCGGGGAAGCAGAACUACACCAUCACCGGCGUUUCUCCUGAGAUUAUGCAGCUGAUAAUCCAGUACGCUUACACUCGCUACGUCAACGUCACACAUGGCAAUGUGGAGGAGCUGCUAGCAGCGGCAGACAUGCUGGCGGUGCUGGGCGUGGUGAAGAAGUGCUGCUGCUUCCUCCGGCACCAGCUAUGUCCAAGGAACUGCGUCGGUAUCUGGCGCUAUGCCGGCUGGUAUAGCUGUGAGGACCUGAAGCUCCGUGCUCACCGCUUCAUCCUGCAGCAAUUCGAGCGGCUGACGGUCGAGUCUGAGGAGUUCCUGACCCUGACGCUCCACGAGCUCAGUGACAUCAUCCAGAGGGACGAGCUGAACGCCAAGCAGGAGGAUCUGGUGUUCCAGGCCAUUAUACGCUGGAUCCAGCACCAACCUCAGAAACGCAUCGUCCAUAUCAGCACCUUACUGCCCAUGGUGCGGAUGGGUCUGAUGACACCUGAUUACUUCAUGAAUAACGUGAAGAACAACGCUCUGGUGAGGGAGAGUGAGGAGUGUAAGCCCAUCAUCAUCAGCGCUCUCAAGGCCAUGUACGACCUGAACAUGAACGGAUUGUCCACCACUAACUACAGAAAUCCCCUGACCCGCCCUCGCCUGCCGCAGUCUGUCCUGCUGGCCAUCGGUGGCUGGAGCGGUGGCAGUCCAACCAAUGGGAUCGAGGCAUACGAUGCCCGGGCGGACCGCUGGGUGAAUGUGACGCAGGAGGAGGAGAGUCCGAGAGCCUAUCAUGGUGCAGCCUUCCUCAGCGGACUUGUUUACUGCGUGGGAGGAUUUAACAGCGUCGAUUAUUUUAACAGCGUCAGGAAGUUCAACCCCAUCAGCAGGACCUGGCAUGAGGUUGCACCCAUGCACUCUCGUCGCUGUUAUGUUAGUGUGUGUGUACUGAACGGCUGUAUUUACGCGAUGGGGGGAUUUGACGGCCAUGUUCGUCUAAACACGGCUGAGCGGUAUGAACCAGAAACCAACCAGUGGACAAUAAUUGCACCAAUGCAUGAACAGAGGAGUGACGCUAGCGCCACCACCCUUCAUGGCAAGGUUUACAUCUGUGGAGGGUUUAACGGUAAUGAGUGUUUGUUUACGGCGGAGUGCUACAUGCCUGAAACCAACCAGUGGAGCCUGAUUGAGCCCAUGAGGAGCAGGAGAAGUGGGGUGGGCGUGAUCGCUUAUGGAGAUCAGCUUUACUCUGUUGGUGGAUUUGAUGGUGCUAAUCGCUUAAGCAGUGCUGAGGUGUACAACCCUCUGACCAACACCUGGAGGAACAUCCCUAACAUGUUUAACCCUCGCAGCAACUUCGGCAUCGAGGUGCUGGAUGAGCUGAUCUUUGUGAUCGGAGGGUUUAAUGGAUUCAGCACCACCUUCUGUGUUGAGUGUUACGAUGAGAGAACUGAUCAAUGGUACGACGCCCAUGACAUGGCAAUUUUUCGCAGUGCUUUGAGCUGCUGUGUUGUUUCUGGUUUACCCAACAUGGUGGAGUACGCAGCCCCCCGUGAUGUACCUGAUAAUGAACCCCACAGCCGACAACCCCAGACACACCCGGUCAGCUCCCGUGAUGACAUCGUCCUCUGAUUAAUGAACCUCAAUAAAUCUGAUCGUGCAGCA